CACUAAGUACGUGCUCAAUAUCAUUUGAAUUUAUUAAUUAUAGAUAAAAUAUAAAAAGGACAUAAUUUGUAUUUUAUUUAAUAAAUUAAUAAUCAAGGUGUCUUAAGCAAACAUAGAAUAAAAUGAAAUAUUGUGUAACUGCCCUGGUUCUAUUGGCCGUUUCUGUUUCGGCUGGCGAGAAUAUCGCCAUAAAGAAAAUCGCGGGUGGUGUAAGCGGCGUAGGUACCACCACAAGGUACUGGGAUUGUUGCAAACCGACGUGCUCUUGGCCAGGAAACGUAGAAUACAAGAAACCAAUUCAAGCAUGCAAAGCUGACGGAGUGACUGCCAACGAUCCAGAAAACCAAUCAGGUUGUGUUGGUGGCCAGUCCUACAGCUGUACCAACCAAGCUGGUUACGCCAAGAAUGAUUCCUUAGCUUAUGGAUUUGUCGCAGCCCGUUUUCACGAUACAGACAGAAAUAUGUGUUGCUCUUGCGUGCUCUUCACCUUCAACACCCAAUGGCCUUCUCCAUUAAAUGGCAAGAAAAUGUUGGUACAAGUCACUAAUACUGGUAACGCUCCUGAGUCUCAAACCAAUUUGUUUGAUAUCGCCAUGCCUGGAAGUGGAGUUGGAUACUAUGAAGAAGGUUGUACUUCUCAAUGGAAAACUGACGUAUCAAGCUGGGGUGACCAAUAUGGUGGCGUUCACGAAGAAAAGGAUUGCUAUAAACUACCAGAAAAACUAUGGCCUGGAUGUUUGUUCAGAUUCAAAUGGAUGGUGGGUUAUUCCAAUCCUGAUGUUUCUUUCGAAGAAGUUGAAUGUCCACAAGAAUUGAUUGAUAUCAGUGGGUGUUCUCCUAUUUCUCACCCUUAA